GGGCUUGCACUCGCGCAGCGGGCCACAUUCAGAAGUCAACAAGGCAUCAAAACGCAUGGGAACCACUGAAGCUGCGGCUUCAGCUGCCUCAGUCCAGGAACGUGUGUCACAGCAGCUUGAACCUAGCAACAGGCCAUCUGGCACUGCUGAUGCGGAAGCGUUUCAGCCCUCGGUGUCUCAAGAUGUACAAAACAGCACCGAACAAGUGUUACCAGAUGGGCUCGAACCCGGGCCCUCACAGGAGUUGGAGGAAGCACUCCCCAGUGAUCUUCCAGAGGUCUUCUACACUGUGAUUGGCAGUGAAAGGGACGAUGGAAUGCUCUAUGCAGGGAGUGGUAAAUGGCUAGAGAAGGAGGCUUGGGACACACUGUUCCGGUCCCCGACGGAUUCAUUAUUUUGCCGCAUGGCCACGAAUGUUUUUUGGACGCCCAAACAGCAGAGGAGCCGCAGUGUGACGGGAACGCUUUCCAACAAGUCGCGUGCAUUGGGCGAGACCAAACCAAGGCCUGCGUUAACCCCUGAGAAAGUGGCCUCACUAAAAGCUCUCUUCAGCAUAUACAUGGGCAGCGAUGUGCCUGAAGACACCCAGAGCAAGAGGCUCAAGGACGUGCGCAGGCACCUUGCACAGAAACUGGGUGACAUCCGGCGCAAGUAAUCCUUUGUGCCGCCAGGGUCCCACCACCCACCUGCAGCAGGUUGACGCCUGCACCCUCCCUGAGCCAUUCCAACCAACUUUGUGUGCUGCAGAUUGUAGUACAGGGUCCGACAUGUUUCGCUGCGUACAGUAAUCCUUCUUUAUAACGAAUCAGUGGGAAGGCGAAAAAAUUCGAUAGAAGCGACCACUCGAGAAAAGCUAAAGCAGUCGAGCUUUAAUUGCCCCACAACUGCGAAAAAGUCUAAAUACAAUGUAUUCAGUGAAGCAAAACUUUAUUCAGGCGCCAAAAGGCAGUGAGGUUUGGCUGUUUCAAGCUCUUACGGGGCACGAGCAACCCCUGGUCACGGAAGACUAUGAGAGUAUCGCGCUGGAAAGCGCCGCAAAUGCCGUGGCUCGAGUCUGAGGCUGUGUUUGUUGUGCUCAAAAAACGAUUAGCGCUCACUGUGGGUAGGCAGUGCAAUUGGGAAAACUGAAUGGUUUUGGAGUAGAGGCUUUGCACGAUCACUGGGCAAUUUUCCUCCGAGGUGUGUAGCCGUGAAGCUUGCAAAACGAGAGUUUUUCGGCGCACCGUUGUCGACGAAACUCUGCUAAUUCUACGGUUCAAGUGUUGGUGUUUGCACACCGUUGCAUCAGCGCCAUUGAAAAAUGUCUAGAAACAAAAUUCAAUGACCCUACCAAAAAUUUAGACUGUUUGUCUAAAUUCGGAUGGUGCGAAUCGAGUAUGACCGGCUCAAAAAAAUCGCUGUGGAAACGCCAGCUUUGCGUUGAAUUGCCAUGUUGACAGCCUGACUCACCACUGACAAUGCUCAUAUUUUUUGUAUUUUUGGCAAGUUAUCGGUACAUUUGCACCGUCACAAGUGCAAUGAAGCUAGGGGUGGUGUUUUAUUGCAGUGCAGGCAGAUUAUGGCUAGCGGCGAGCGAAUUUCCAGGCUGGCUUCCCCGGAGUCGUCUUCCUGGUUUGUUAACGUAGCUCCUCACGUCGAACAUGGCACUUAUAAUGGGAGGGACACUUCUUUUGUGUUUCUUGGUACAUUUCAGUGCCUGAAGUGCUCUUUAGAGCGGUAAAAAUUUGCUUAUUGAGCGCACCCCAUGGAAUAUGACGGCGCAAUAAGUAUGCCCGCGGUUUCUUAGACACUUUUUGGCAUCCUAGAGACCACUGUUUUCUGGCAUCGCAAAGCGUCGGAAAACUAUUUUUGCAUGGAUUCUAUUACGGAGGACACCUGCGAUGCGAUUACGACCGAGGUUGACGGUUCAGGCUUUAUGCUCCAUGGAAUUUGACAGCUUCCAUUCGCUCUGCAGUAAACAGGUGGGAGCACUCAGCAGUCGCUUGGUGCCCAUUACUAGGAAGUCAUAGGUCAUGGGUUGUGUACUUUUGUGGCCUGUUCUGUGCCUGCAUGAGGCAAAUUCGUUGGCAGCAUUAAUAUGACACUGCAUACACAAAAGGUCACCACUGUUCGGCGGCGGCGAUACCUCUGCUCGCCACUUCACUCUAAACGGGUCAAGCUCUUCAUGCGCUUCAAGUAAUGCGGUUUAAAAUGCAUGCGUUUGGGUCGGGAAUAGGAGAAAUUUUGAAUAAAGCGAUAUUUCAAGUAAAGCAAUUUCGUUAUGACGAGUGAUUACUGUACGUUCAAAAAAAUUCUUUGUGCACACCGGUGCACUGUUCUUGCUCAAAAUUUGCAGAAAGAUAGCAUUUUGGAGUGUACGUUGUUUAGAAUAUCACUUGACACAGUUUUUUGCCUGGUAUUUAAGAAAUGGAUGCUGUUACACUCAACAUGAAAGCUGUCGUAAGUGGGGAGCAAUGAUUUGCCAGUGUUUCCCUUGCGUUAUUGUUGUCAGCACCUUGUGUUCAUCUUCUAUUUGUGCUUUGCUUUUGUUUUUCUAUGUUUAGCUUUUCUUUUUGUGUCUUGCUUUUGUUUAUCUGUUAUUUUGUCAUGUUUAUGCAUUGUUUAUUUUCAUUGGUUACUUGAAGUUGACUUUAGAUUUGAUUUUUUGUAAUUUUAGUACAUUUAGUAACGACAGUAGACAUUGUUUAAACUUUGUACAUAUGUACAUUUAUUUACAUUUGGCUUUUCACUGGCAAAGUGUGUGUACAUUUUCUCAUAUGGUUUCCCCUUUCUUUUUUGACGUCAUGAUUUCGCAUUGUCUUGUUGAUUUGAAAAGUAGUCUUGUUGCAUUGUUUCAUCCUCUUGGAGUUCAUACGCAUAGUGCCAAGUGCAGGGUUGUGUUUUCCUUUCACUAUUACUGCUUUGUGGUCAGUGAAGUGAAAUGCCAAUGGGUCUUCUAGUGCAUCCAUUUUAAUGUCCGCGAAGACGAGAUCUAUGGGCUCUCUUCGUUGGCUUCUGCUUCACGUUGUUGCACCGACGAAUCGGCCCUCUGGCACCGCUGUCUUUCGCGAGCAAACGCCCGUUGGCACUGGAUAAGUGUCUCCAAGAUUUGCUAAGUUUUGCCGAUUUCUUGCGAGGUCAUACACGUCCAGGCCGGUAAGCCACACAAGCUCCAGCAAGUCACAUGCAUGCAAGCUGCAGUACAUGCUCCACAACUUAUGUACAGUGCUCCAGUACCAGUCGGCAUCGUUGAUCCGGUCCUCGUCCUCGGCGUCCGACCGGGUAUGGGCAAACGGCAGGUCUUCGGCAAGCGCAUCUUUGCCAUUGUAGACUUCCAUGAUGCCAUUGUCCCACUACUCAGUCAGCUGCCCGGGCUGCACCUGUAGAUUAGAGAGGCAAGGCGUGGCACACUUGUAGCCAUGCAUUCAAUUCUCCAUGAUCGCAUUUAGCGAAUCGCCCCGCCGCAUGGUAGCCUCAUCCCAAGCCGGCCUCUUACUGAUCUUGGCCAACAUGGCCUAGUGAUUACUGUGGUGAACAGUGUGGUCUCCAGUUAUAGUGGUGCUCCACCUGGAGUCGCCUAGACCACCGCAUGGAUCCGAGCCCCUCAGGGACGAUCAGCUCAGCUGCAUGUGUAGCAUUUGUGCUCGAAGUGGAUGCUCGUUCGGUCCCUUCUGGGACCGGAACAGAGCUGAACCUGUUACACCUAUAUCGGCAUAGGGCCUGUGAGCUGAAGCUCCCAAAAAUCAAGGGUGACACUCAGUAUCAGAAUUCGCUGCAACAUGCUGCUAUACAGGAAGAUGGCUCCCAACCAUCGUGCUACCAGGGCAACGUUCCUUCAGCUUGGUGUAGCCUCCGAAGGCGACUCGACACUACGACCACCACGCACAUGAAGUGAGCCGCGUCUCUUUGGCGUAGCCUCCAAAACAGGAGAAGCGAAAGCGCAAGUCGCGGCAGGCUCAGCAACAACAUUCAAGGAGGAAGGAACAGCGUCUUUCAGAGUCUCCCAACACAAGAAGUUUGAAAGCGAAUGAACGGAUGAGACUGAAGCGACUCAACCGGUCUCCUGGGAUGAAGGCUGAAGAGGCAGAACGCAAGCGACAACAAUGCCUUCAAAACAAGCUCCAGCAACAGCAACACCAAGGCACAACAGCAACAGAGGCAGUCACAGAAAGGCUUUCACCUACCUCAGCAAAGUGCCCAUAGAUUUUUCGUCUAUCUGCAUGCGGCAGUUCCACGUUUCGAUAAAGCAGAUCAGAGUGGCCUUCCGCAGCAAUUCGUUGUGGUUCACAUCUACCGCAUGGCUCUGCAUCAACCUAAUAAUGCUCGGCGAAGCGAUCGUAAACUCAUCGCUGACCUGGUCACACGCAGCUUGGCAGGCUCGGCUUAUCGUCUGAAGCGGGUACUUCUUGAGUCGCUCAAAUUCCUCAGCGAGGCUGGAAUCGGCAUUGGUGGAACAGUGGUGAAACUUGAAGUCCCCCUCUGCGUUGGUGAGGUACAACUUAUCCAGCUCAGUACAACCACUUCGCCCAACGUACACGAGCUUUUGCGGGUACCUCGUAUCAUAGUCAUGCGCAAUGCUUCCAUAAGUUCCCCCCUGGGAACCACAUCUUCGGCACGGUGGGCAGGAUCGGCUCUCCUUCGUCGAUCGUAGUCCCGCUAAGCCGGGCGCCGAGCUUCCUUGUAGGCGGCUUCUUCCUCGGGAGUCUUGCCUUUUUUCGGUUGCUCCAUGGUAGCUGUACACGCGUGUUCACUAGAUGAGAGAGGUGACAUGUCUGUCAACACACCAGCUGCUCAGAGCUUUCUAGUAUACCAGUGACGUCACGGCUAAGCGAACACUUGCUUCUCCUCGAAUGGGGAGAGGGAACGUGAAGCGCACGCAUGCCGCGGAGAGACUGCGCCCUACGCGCAUGUGUGAUGCGAGGAGGUUGCGUGGCUCGGCGAUGUACAGCUAAGCCGAGUUUUCUGUCGGCACGAAACAGACUUUCGAAAAGCUUAACAGCUGUCCGCUGUAAACGUCACCGCCCAAGCACUUCAUACAUAAAUUAACCAGCGAAGCUGAAACAUGCGGCCCCAUUUUUAUCACUGAGUUAAUUUUAAUGGUUCAUUAAUGUUACGGCUAGGCUUGUGUGAAUAGUGCUUUUUUGGUUCGAAGCGAAUUCGAAGUGAAUAGUAAUUCUUGAAUAAUUUCGAAGAAAAAAAACGGCAGAGAGCUAAGGUCUGGGAUUUAUUCAAGGAAAGUAAAGAACUUGAUUAUUUGCGAAAAUCUACAAAUUUCCGAGCAAGAACAAUAUAGCUGUUCCACAUGCUGGGGUUUGAGGUGCUCCCUUCUGCAGCUUACAACGGCUCCUGUAGUCAAAAAAACCUUUCACUUCUUGUCUGGGUGGCUGGUAUUGAAAGAUACCUGCGGGCAGCUGCAACCAGGGUUAGGUAAAGGUGGCUGCCCUUGCUUUUCUACCACACAAGGGGGUCUUCGGACCGGGAAAGAAGGGGACCUUCAAGUACCUAACAACCUUAUCCGAGAUUGUACGGCUUGACUGAUGAUGUGCACGCGAACUGAAGUGUGUAAAAGCACUCCACACAGAGUCCCCUGAUGGGUCUGCAGAGCAGGUGCUGUUCUCACUUGUUCGUGCACCAUGUUGAUCAACUGGCACAGUCUCUUCUGCUGCUGUUGUGAGUAGAGUGAAUGUCCAUUGCUUUGCGGGUUGUUCAGCAUCUUUGCAUCUACGAUCGGCCAACAUUGCCAAUGCAGGAAGGCGUACGUGACAUCUUAAUAUCAAGGAACCUCGUCUUGAUGCUACGCAAAAGGCUUAAGGCAAGCAAUGCUGCCUCACCACAUUCGGAAACAUGUUUAGCUAGAACCACCUCGGUACACAGCAACAGGGGAAUGACUUGUGACAGCGUGGGGUAUCUGUCCCCAGGCAGUUCAGUUGUGGCAUGAUCAAGUGGCUUCCAGACUUGCACUGCUGCAUUCAUAAGCUUCCACUCACUUGCGUUCAAGUAUGGAACUGCGUCAGAUUCUGAAAGUUCUACAGUGAUGACCGUACGGAGCGUCACGAGCCUGGCCAUCAUGGCAUGCUCACUGUUCCAUCGCGUCGGGACGUCUUGUAUAACCUUGAGAGGGUCCAGCUGCAUGUUUCUCUCAAUUUCCUGAAGCCGUCCUCGGGCCUUGGCACUCCGUCUGUAUCUAGCCACAAUUGAUCUGGCCUUAGCACAGAGCUGCAAAAACCCUGACACUUCUCUUUUGGCAUCACUGACACACAAAACUGAAGGGUGCGUCCGAAACACUGCACACCACUCCAGGACAACCGCGCUACUGCAGGAGUAAAGCUCCUCCCAUUAUCUGUAACGACGAAGAUCGGCACAGUAUCGUGGGCUGGAAGUUCCCACUCCUCGAUGACACCUGCGAUAAAUAGCUCUGGGUUUUCUGCAGUGUAAGAGUUUGUCAUCUCCGUGCAAGCCAAUACAUGCACGUCACUGUCCAUGACGUGACAAGUUACACAAACAAGGCUGUCAUUUGCCCGCAAUGUCCAACCAUCAGUUGUGAUUGAAAGCGACUCCACUCCGCUUGCAAAAAUGUCCCCGAGCUUAUUUUUCGCCUUCUCUUUGCUUGAUGCGUAGAGGUCUGGAAUAAUGCCUCUCGAGAAUGUUGUCCGAGACGACACGGCAUAAUCCGGCAUAGCGAACUUCAUCAUGUCGAGGAAACCCGGUUCUUCGACAAUGUUGUAGGGGUGCAUACCAUGAGCUACGAAGCGAGCUAUCAUUUUUGUCAUCUGUUGGGCUUUUGGGGCCGACGGUUUCAUUUUCGUCUUGAAACUGUCGGCUAUGGAUGGCUGUUGACCACCUGCCUAGGUUGCUUGCCCCUUGAGCUUGGAUGGCCUUUCGCGUGCUUCCCGCUUCUCUUGGUAGUCCUUGUGCAAGUCCGCGUGUCUCUUUAAAUGCGUUGCUACGGUUGUUGUACUUGUCGGGGUCUUCGGGACUGCCUUGCAUUUAAGACAUCGAGCUUCGGUUCCCAGUGGAAUCUUUACAAAAAAGUUCCAAAUCGGAUUGCUAUCCACAUGCAAGUCCCCCAUGGUGCUCUCUGGAGUGGUCCAAGGCGGCUGGUAUUGAUCAAAUGCCGCCGCGGCAGAGGCAGAGUCGCCCACUAAACGCAAUUGACCGCACCACCACACCGACGAGAUGCGUUUUUGUAUGCCUUUGUUCUGAGUAUAGUUCUGUUUUCGUGGCUUGGUUUGGAUUGGAUUGGGAAAAGUAUUACUGAAUCCAAAACCAAAACUUCCGAAGAAGCCUUCUCCCUGGCGCGUGUGGCUAUUCGUUCGAGCCAAAUACUUCGAAAUUUCCGAAUAACAAAAUUCGAAUCGAAGCGAAUAUCGAAUAGCGCAUUACUCGUUGAACUAUUCGGAAAUAUCGAAUAUUCGCACAAGCCUAGUUACGGCUCCUUAAGGUUCAUUGCUGCUUGUGUUCUGCUUGGCAAUUUAGUGUGGCUUGGCAGGCUGCCAGAUCCUCGGUAUGCAGUUUCUGCUUGCGCUCGACCACUCAGGCUUGUUUUGUGCCCGGACUGCCGCAUCGCCACAGUGAAUACGAGCUCUCCCAUCAUGCUGCUGUCAGCGCUGUUCUUUGCAAGCUUCCUGCUGUUUGGGAGUUUGUAAUGAUGCGUGGCCUGCCCAUGUUGAAGUCUGAGAGAAACUGCGGCAUGCGUGCUCGACUGCAACAAAAAGAAUGAUGUCACUAACGGCUGCGCAGCUCUUGCCGCUUCCUCCCUCCAAUAUCCAGUUCCCACUCUGUCAGUGUGAGAACGUACCUGCUUCAUCCAGCUGUAUAAACGCGGCCACAUUCUCUCACCUUUUGCUUAUAAUUCUCGUACCUGGUUUCUUCGUGCGUGCGCGUGGGUUCCGGCGAAGUUUCUGCGCACAUUAAACAGACGGAUUUUGGUUUUGGCUAGCCGUAUACAACUUCGCUGCAAAAGUGCAAAUUUGCCUGUGUAUAUACUGGGAUGCGCAAGCUGCUGCCACAGAGCAAAAUAUUGUGUACUUGCUGUACCCUGUACUUGAUGCAAAUAAAAAUAAUUUCAGGUA